AUGGGUAAAGCAAUCGGCUGGCUCAAUAAUAAUGUUACUGUCAUAUUAGUUAAUACAUAUUCUCUCAGCUAUAUUUGGUCAGCAUCACAAGUCUUUACGUAUUAUGUUGGUGUUAACAAUAGUUUUGCCACCAAGUCCAUUAUACCAAACGCUCAACAGACAUUAGCACCAGAAUUCGGUCCUAUUCUAAUAUCGCUUGUCGUUACUAAAAGUGGUAUAGUGAUAAUGUUAGAUUCAGAGGGCGAUAUUUACAUUCUUCUUCCAUCACCUCCUGGUACAUUCGCAGACAGUAGCACUAAAUUAGUUUCAUCAUUUCUACCAUGCAUCGGUGGUAGCUUCAGCUCCCAGUAUGACAUUCAACCUUGCUCGCUUUGUCCUCAAGGUUCCAGUACAAAUGGUUCCACUGGUCAAAUAUCCUGUGUAUCAUGUGAAAGCGAUGCUUUUUGUCCACUAGGUUCAGCCUUCGGAAAUAUUAGUUCAUCUUCUUUGCUCCUCACAAGUGUCAACCAAGCACAUGCUCACCCUUUAUCACCAAAAUCAGUUCGUUUUGACAAUAUUCUAAUGGAAAACAUGUUUGUUAUUUCUGCCUCUUCGUCACAUCGUUGUGUGGCUUUAUCACCCUUCUUCUGGUCAUUGAUUAUCAUGGCAUUAGGUAUAGUCAUCGUAUUUGUUAUGAUUAUUCUCAAAUACUGCGUCCCUCAUCCUCAAGGAAAGAAAACACACCAGCGAAUCAAACGUUUUUUCAAGCAAACAGAUCUUGUUGGUGAAGGUGAAUUAUGGAUAGGUGGAAUAGUUAGUUUUGCAAUUCUAUUUCUCUGCAUAUCUGCUUAUGUAUUCAGUGGUGCCUACUAUCGACGUUAUCCGAUUGAAAAUUCAAGUGGCAAUCUUGCAUUUGGUUGUCAUCCUACUUUGACGAAUGCUCAAUUCAGUUCCGGUUUGAUGUCUCUCAUGAUUCCACCAAAUGACGAUGAAUUACCCAUAUUUGAACUUCUUGAC